UUACGAGGCGGGACAGCAGAGUGACAGGAGGCGCUCGCCGCUGCCGUGAUUGACCCGGGGCUACGUGUGUCGCGGGGAUGCGGGGCGCCAUGGGAGCGGCGUACACCCGCCUGCAGCGGCUCACCGACUCCCUGCAGGACCCGGAGAAUGUGGCCCGCUUCCAGCAGCUGUGCGGAGUGCAGAGCUCCUCACCCUACGAGGAGAAGGACACCCAGGAGGCCGCCGGGGACGGGCCCAAGCACCGGGGAAGCCGGCAUCGCAAUGGAUUCCUGCUGGAGAACGGAGCUGCCGGGUGUAAGGAGGAGGAGGAGAAGAAGAUGCAGCCGCAGCGGAGGAACUCCCUGACCGGGGAGGAAGGACAGCACUUCAUCAUCCGCAACCGCCUGCUCUUCUACCUGUUCACACUGGGCACCGAGCUGGGCAACGAGCUCUUCUACAUCUCCUUCUUCCCCUUCUGGAUCUGGAACGUAGACGCGCACGUGGGGCGGCGGGUGAUCGUGGUGUGGGUGUGGGUGAUGUAUCUGGGCCAGUGCACCAAGGACCUGAUCCGCUGGCCCCGGCCGCCCUCCCCGCCCGUGCUGAAGCUGGAGGUCUUCUACAACUCCGAGUACGGCAUGCCCUCCACCCACGCCAUGUCCGGCACCGCCAUCCCCCUCACCCUCCUGCUGCUCACCUGGGGCAGAUGGCAGUUUCCGUUCUUUAUCGGGCUUCUGCUUGCCGUGUUCUGGUGUACCUUGGUGUGCCUUAGCCGCGUGUAUAUGGGAAUGCAUUCCAUCUUGGAUGUCGUAGCUGGUGUCCUAUAUUCAAUCCUCAUUUUGAUAGUCUUCCAUCCCGCUCUGGAUAUCAUUGACAAUUUCAACCUGACUUAUGAGUAUGCCCCCCUCAUUAUCAUCAGCCUGCACCUAGUCCUGGGCAUCUUCUCCUUCACGCUCGACACAUGGAGCACGUCCCGUGGAGACACGGCAGAAAUUCUUGGCAGCGGAGCCGGGAUUGCCUGCGGGUCGCAUGUUAGUUACAUGCUGGGGCUCCUGAAGGAACCACCACCGGAUACCUUGCCCCUCGCUAUUCCAUCUUUCACAGUGCCUCUCUUAGGAAAGGCCAUGCUUCGGGUUUUGGUCGGGUUAGUAGUUUUAUUACUGAUCCGAGCAGUCAUGAAGAUGAUAACCAUUCCUCUGGCUUGCAAAGUGUUUGGCAUUCCUUGUGAUGAUGUACGAAAGGCAAGACAACGCAUGGAGGUGGAACUCCCGUACCGAUACCUUACCUACGGCACAGUGGGAUUUGCAGUAAUGUUUAUCGUCCCCUAUCUGUUCACAUGGAUUGGCCUGCAUUAAGGAUAGUGGAAGGGGUGAUAUUUUUUUAACGAUUUAUUCCAAAACCCUCAAGACAGACUUGUCGUCUUCUUAGAAAGGAGGGGCUACAAUAGUUGAAUAAUUUCUAUUUUCUAAAGUGCACUGGUCGGAAAGCAGCUUUUGGACCUAAAGCGGUCCUAGAUUAUAUAAAAAAAGAAUUUUGUUUAAUUUCAGCUACUUGCGCAAGCAUAGCAUCUGUUGGUUUUAUAUCUGAAAACCAUUUUUUCUUUAGAUUCAGGUACUGUAUGAAACUGCUUGAUAAAUGUGCCUUUCUUUUGCUAAUAAUUACCAAUGCCAUGUAUACUGUGAUGUUAAAGGCAAGCAUCCAGAACAUAGCUUGAACUAUAGAAAUAAUUUUUACAUGGCAAUGACAAUGCCUGUUGUCUGCAUGUGUAAAUCGUUUUAAUGCAGCGGCACUAUAAUACCAGGAAUAUCCUGGGCGAGACGGCAAUAGCCAUGUCUGUGGGUGUGCGUCUUUAUACUGUGUACCAUGGAGGAGAGGGUGCCCACAAAGGGAUCACCUUGUUGGCGCUGUGAGCCAGGCGUCCUAUAUCCUGCAGUGCACAGCCAUCUAGUUCAGCAGGUCCGGGCACCAUCGGCACUAGGUUUAGGGUGGAAUCGCAUAUGUGGUUUUUGACGCAGUUUAUGAUCUAAAGCCAGGAGAGGAUUCAAAAAGGAAUGAGGACUGUAAGGCUAAAUGCACACGAUCAGGAUUGCGUGCGGAAAAUCCACACCGUAGGUCAUGUACAUUGUAUUCUACGAGAAUUAGAAAUUCUCAAUGCACACAAUGCAGAUUUUCACCUAUUUUAUUUUUCCUAAAUGGGUUUUCUUCAUUCACUUAGUAAAAUCCGCACCAAUUGAUGCGGAUUGACCGCGAACACCCGCACAUGAAUCCUGACUCUGUGCAUGUACCCUUAAUCAAGGACUUCUACUUCUCCUUCCCUCUGGAUCCACUUCUGACUUUGGCUUUAAAAACAGCAUCAGAAACUUUAUGGGCCUGAUCUAUCACGGGCCUUUCCCCCACUGUUGUCCAUGGGUAGUGUUUAGUAAUGCACUUUCUCCCCCAUUGAAGUGAAUAUUGCCAUACCAGUCACUGCCCACACACAGGAGUGGCGCAAUUUUUGGAAGGCUCUCUGUAUAGACACUUAGCAGAUGUCACAUGUCAAGUAUGCUUUGGUAGGUUUCCUUUUCAUGUUCCCUUCUAAUGACCACUAUGUACAUUUUCUUCAUUUUAACCAUUUUGUAUCUUACAUAUUAGCCCCCCCCGGUGUGUGGUUGUGCUCCCCAUGUAUGCGUGUGAUGAGACAUUUCACUUAUUCCAUAUACAAUAUAAUGUAUGCCUUGCUAUUCCUACUUGGAGAAUAAUACUUUAGGCACUGAUGGUAAAAUGGGUGGCUCCUCUCGACCCCGCACACUUUGCAGCAGCCCUCUUGAAGGGAGGCCUUGAUUCACCAUCCUCACUGGUAGCUCUACAUUUAUGGUACGGUAAUAUUUCAGAAUUUCAUGAUUUUUUUUGCAUGUAAUGCAUUAGACAAGAUGGCUUACACCCUGUGGAGGCACAUGGCUGCAGGAUAUUUCAUAGGAGGUGCAGCUCGUCCGCUGGUUAGGAGUGGUGAUGUCCGCACUUUGGGUACACUUAGUUUCCAUUUACAUUUCAUCUUUUUUUUUUUUUUUGCGUUUUGUGCAGCUCAGCAUCCUGAAGGUUUGUUCUUUCAGCACAAUGGUUUUUGUAUUAUUUUGACUACAGAAGGUCUGUUAUACCAGAACUCUAGACCGGUGGUCCCCAACCUGUGGCUCUCCAGCUACCGAGAAAGUACAACUCCCAGCAUGCCCUAAAAGCAUAUUAGUAACUCUGGUUUUGCAGCGGUUGGGGAUCACUGCUCUAGAGUGCGACCUGUCGAAGGAAAUAUCCCUGAAAAUGGUUUCCUACUUGGUUGCUGCAUAUAAAUUUACAGCACGGACAGGAGUGGCAUGCUCUGCUGCAGCAGUAAUGUUUCAUGCCCCAUGACUGCAGUCAUGUGCUGCUUGGGGGAAAUGUCGUCCCUGUGGUUAUUCAUCGGCUGCUGCGGCGAAUGUACCCCUGUCCAUGCUGGAAGCUUACAUGUGGGAUCUGAAGCAUAGUGAAGGGUGGGCUAUUUAGAAAAAACUAUCUGAAGUUGGACAACCCCGUUAAAGGGGUUGUCCAAGUUAUAUUUAUUGAUGACCUAUCCUCAGGAUAGGUCAUCAAUAUCAGAUCGUCUGGGGUCCGACACACAGCACCCCCGC